AUGGCUCUCUACUGCGGCGACAACUUCGGCGUGUACUCGCAGCCCGGCCUGCCCCCGGCCGCCGCCGCCGCCGCCCCGGGCGCCCCUCCGCCGGCCAGGGCGCCCUACGGGCUGGCCGACUACCCCGCGCCGCCGGCCGCCGCCGCCAACCCCUACCUGUGGCUCAACGGGCCGGCCGUGGGCGGUCCCCCGGCCGCCGCCGCCGCGUACCUGGGGGCCCCCCCGCCGCCGCCGCCUCCGCCGCCCCCCGGGGGCGCGCCCGGGCCCUUCCUGCAGCCGCCGACCGCGGCCAGCACCUUCGGCUGCGCGCAGCGGCCCUUCGCGCAGCCCGCGCCCGCCGCGCCCGCCUCGCCCGCCGGGCCCGCGGCGCCGGGGGAGCUGGGCUGGCUGUCCAUGGCCAGCCGCGAGGACCUGAUGAAGAUGGUGCGACCGCCCUACUCGUACUCGGCGCUCAUCGCCAUGGCCAUCCAGAGCGCGCCCGAGCGCAAGCUCACGCUCAGCCACAUCUACCAGUUCGUGGCCGACAGCUUCCCCUUCUACCAGCGCAGCAAGGCGGGCUGGCAGAACUCCAUCCGCCACAACCUGUCGCUCAACGACUGCUUCAAGAAGGUGCCCCGCGACGAGGACGACCCAGGGAAAGGGAAUUACUGGACCCUGGAUCCGAACUGUGAGAAAAUGUUUGACAACGGGAACUUCCGCAGGAAGCGGAAGCGCCGCUCGGAAACCAGCAGCACCUCUGCGGCGGCCGCGGGGGCAUCUAAGUCGGAAGACGGGCUGUCCUCGGGACUGAGCUCUGGAGUGGCUGGGAAGCCGGAGGGAGACAGCUCCUCUCAGUCCCCAGAGCCUCCCGAGGGCACCAAGAGGACCGCCUCCUCCCCAGGAGCAUCCAUGCUCACCUCCACCCCUUGCCUGAACACCUUCUUCAGCAGCCUCAGCACCUUAAGUGUCAGCAGCAGCGCGGGCACCCAGCGAGCUCUCCCCGGCGGCCGCCACCUAGGGAUCCAGGGCGCCCAGGUGCCCCCCAGCAGCACCUUCCCCCCCAGCUCCGUCUCGGAGGCCUCACCAGACACCUUGCAGCUGAGCCACAGCACCAGCAACGCGGGCAGCAGCCAGAGAUCUUCCUAUUACAGCCCCUUCCCUGCCAGCACCAGCGGGGGUCAGAGCGGCCCCUUCGGCAGCCCGUUCUACAACUUCAGCGUGGUCAACAGCCUCAUCUACCCCCGCGAGGGCUCCGAGGUAUAG